CUUUACUUCUUUCGACUUUGCUUAAAUAAAAUGGCUAUGAUAUCUAAGUAUUUUUUACGAAAUCUACCAGCGUCCUCUAAACAUGAAUUUAUAAAAUUAAAAGGAAAUACUUCCUCUUAUAUGUUUUAUGUGACACAUUUUUAAUUUUCGUUUGUUUAAAAAAAACUAACACAUUUCUAUAUUUUUAAAAUACUAGCUUAACAAUUAUUUUUACCCUCAAUGAUACAAAAAUGUUUAUAGUAUGUUUCAGAUUACAAAUUUCAAAAAAGUUCUCUUUUUUUCUUCUUAAACUCUUUAUUUUGUUAUACAAGGUCACAUAAAUUGAUAGGGAGUAAUUUCUUGCGAAGAAUGCAAAAAAGUGGGAGGAAGAAUAAAAAAUUCCCCAUUUUUAAAAAGAUAUUUCCCUUUCUUAGUUAUGGUUUUGGAGAGAAUCAACACAACUUAAGAACAAAUUAGGAUCAAGCUAUUGCGGGUCAAGAACACAACUUUGCGUCAUCACUCCCCUCUUCUUUUAGGCCAAAAUCAUUUAUAUUUGGUCCGCGAGAAAUCUAUCGGCAGUGAUCUGUGCAACUGACCGUUCGCUGCUCUUAUAAGUCUAGACCACAGUAGGUAUCCCCCACCAACUGUUCGAUACAUUGUCUCAAAGAAGUUGAAGCCAAGACAUUGACUUUCAUCAGCAAUCCUUUUCAUUUCAGCACUUUUUAUGCUAAUCUGGAGCUGUUGCUAAUUGAGUUUCUUCCAUGUCGUUUAUGGUAUUCAGAAGACAACUCAUCAACUUGUCGUGUAUACUCAAUUCCCAUUUUCCUUUAAGAGUAUGUUCGUAUUCCUCAAGACCCACAAGAGCUUGUCAAGCAAAUGAAUUUAAUUUCGUCGAGGAUAGUAAACCACGUUCCGCUGCUGCAAAUUUCGGUGGUGGGGUUUUUCAUCUUUCACCAUUGUAUAAGGAUAUUAAUAAGGAUUCCUUAAAUGAUUGCAGGAUUGAAUUAGUGGAUAAUGAGACUUGGAGGGUGUCCUCUAGCUUAGCUGAGGCGUGGCGAGACAACACAAAUGUUGCAUCCAAGAAAAAGUCAUUUUUCAUUGAAACUGAAAUUGAUGAUGAGGCGACUAGUUAUGUGUCUUUGAACGAGGACGGUCAUGAUUUUGAUGAGAUUGAGGAUAUGAGGAUACGCGGGAACUUGUUUUACAAGCUUGAUAAAGAUUCCAAGGAAUACGACGAAUAUAAGUUCGAAUUCCAUAGAAGGAAUAAGAACAAGAAUAAUGGAAAUGACGGUCCAAAGGAGAAGGAAAAAUCGAGUAAAGUUUCAGCUUCUAGGGUCGAGCAAGGUCUAAAGGGUAUAGAUGAGAAGAAGCAAAACAAGAAAGAGAAACUGAGCUAUAACUCUGCCUCUCCAUUUGAGGAUUUUCAGCUAAAUGAAUUCGAAGCAUCUACAUUAAAGAGGUUAAGGGUUCCAACUUUUAAUCAGCUUACUGCUCCUUAUCAUGAGCCAUUUUGUUUGGAUAUUUAUGUCUCGAAAGGUUCUGUACGUGCUAGCAUUAUCCACAGAGCUACUAGUAAGGUUGUUGCUGCGGCGCACUCUAUUUCCAAGGACAUGAAAUUUGACUUGGGAUCGACUAAGAAUCGGGCUACUUGUGCUGCUGUUGGGAAAGUUCUGGCUCAAAGAGCACUGGCUGAUGAUAUUCAUAAUGUAGUUUAUACGCCAAGGAAAGGGGAGAAAUUGGAGGGGAAACUUGGGAUUGUUCUUCAGUCCAUUAUUAACAACGGCAUUAGUGUGAAGGUGAAGAUUAAGCAGAGGAAAACCAAGAAACCUGGCUUCCACUGCCUGACAGCUUAGGUGGUCAUCGUACAUUAUGUAGGAUGAAAUUAAAAGUGACAAGGAAGUUUUAUCGAUGCCUUAUAAGCUCGCAAACAGAGCAAUGUAGUUACUAGAACAAGGUCAGAAAUGUAUUACUCCCUCAUUUGCAAGGUUGCAGAACAUUUCCUUAAAUUUAUCAUUAUAUCAUUGGAGGGGUUUCAAUAGUAGUUACAAACUUGGGACUAAAUCUUUUAUUUCCUUCAAUUUGUAUUCUUUUUAUGAGAAUACGUUACUGUUAAUGGAGAAAUCUGCUUUACCUGUUAGCAUUCUUUGUAAUUAGCAUGAUAGAAAGAACAAAAAUUUGGUGAUUUCCAUUUUUUUGGUUUAGCACCUGGUGUCCACUACCCUCUUUGGGACCCGACAUCCGGAUUCGGGAAGUCCCACUUUGGGCGGUGAAGUGCUCACUACCAAAUCAAAGGGCUCGAACCCGAUACCUCUGGUUAAGGAUGAAAGAGUAC